GUAACAAGAGUCAACCUGGCGUGAUUAAGCAAGCCGUAGAUACUGUUUUUUCAUAUAUCAGAAAUCACAAUGAAAAAGAAUUUCUACUCAGAGUAUCAUAUAUGGAAAUAUACAACGAAAAAAUAAAUGAUUUACUUGCCCCUGUUAAUAAGGAUCUUAAAAUUCACGAGGACAAACUUCAUGGCAUUCAUAUUCCUAGUCUCUCGGAGGUUGUAGUCACAAAACCUUCAGAAGUUAUGAAGGAGAUUUCGCGGGGUGAAUUAAAUCGUCAUACAGGUUCAACAAAUUGGAAUGAAAGAAGCAGCCGUUCACACACGCUAUUCAGAAUGGUGGUUGAAAGUUCUUCAAAAGAUUCUACACCGCGCCGAUUUUCACCAUCAUCCUCACAUAAGGCAUCAGGGUCUGUUUCUGUUUCUAAUUUAAUUGACUUGGCUGGGUCAGAAAAGGCAGCAAGUGAUGUUGAAAGAAGAAAAGAGGGAGCUUUUAUAAAUAAAAGUGGACACAUACCUUUUAGAGAUUCAAAAUUAACAAGAAUUCUUCAAAAUUCUCUUAUUGGGAAUGCAAGAAUUUCUGUCAUUUGUACAAUUUCUCCAUCUUCUGAGAAUAUAGAUGAAUCAGUUAAUACUCUUAAAUUUGCCUCUCGUGUCAAGGAAGUUGUUACUAAGGCCCAAACUAAUACA